GCGAGGGAAGAAGUAGCGGCCAUUAGGGUUUGAGUUUGGGGAAAGAAUCCCAGUUUAGGGGUUUAGGUCGGAGCACUCCAGCUCGUUCGCCGUCGGCCGGCGCCGCGUCUGUCAUCGAAUCGAGGAAUGGCGCUGGAGGUCACGCCGAUUCUUCUCAAUGCGCAGUCCGCCGAUAAGGAUGUGCGCAAGUUCGCCGAGGACAAUCUCAAGCAGUUUGAGGAGCAAAAUCUGCCGCUGUUCCUCGUCUCCCUCUCGAUCGAGCUCGCCAACAGCGCCAAGCCGGCAGAGAGCCGCCGGCUAGCGGGCCUGAUCCUCAAGAACUCGCUCGAUGCCAAGGAUGCGCAGAGAAAGCACGAGCUGGCCCAAAAGUGGCUGGCUCUCGACGCCGCCGCCAAGGCACAGAUCAAGGCGAGCCUGAUGGAAUCGCUCGCGGCGCCAGUGCUGGAUGCGAGCCACACCGCUGCCCAGGUGAUUGCCAAGGUGGCUGCGAUCGAGAUCCCUCAGCAGCAGUGGCCGGAGCUGAUUGGAUUGCUGCUCAGCAACAUGCGAAGUGGGUCUGCCGAGCUCAAGAAGGUGACGCUAGAGGCGCUGGGAUACGUGUGUGAGGAGGUCUCGGCAAACGUUCUUGCUCAAGAACAAGUGAAUUCCAUCCUCACGGCCGUCGUCCAGGGGAUGAACAACAACGAGCCCAACACCGAGGUCCGUCUCUCGGCCACCCGGGCUCUAUGCAACGCGCUCGACUUCGCCCAGACCAACUUUGAGAACGACGUGGAGAGGGACUAUAUCAUGAGGAUGGUGUUCGAGGCGGCCGUGUCCCCGGACGAGAGAGUGAGGCAGGCAGCGUUCGAGUGCCUGGUUUCCAUCGCGUCGACGUACUACGAGAAGCUCCAGCCUUACAUGCAGAACAUCUUCACGGUGACUUCCAAGGCUGUCAAGGAGGACAAGGAGCCAGUAGCAUUGCAAGCGAUCGAGUUUUGGAGCGCGAUAUGUGACGAGGAGAUUGAGAUACAGGAGGAGAUUACCUCGGGAUAUAGCGGAGACUCGGAGGUCCCUUACUUCCAGUUUAUCAAGAAGGCUCUUACGUACCUGGUGCCGCUGCUGCUGGAAACGAUGACCAAGCAAGAGGAGGACCAGGACGUGGACGAGGACGUUUGGAAUCUAUCCAUGGCUGGAGGGACUUGCCUGGGUCUGGUAGCCAGGACGGUGGAAGACGACAUCGUCCCGCUGGUGAUGCCUUUUAUCCAGGACAACAUUGUCAAACCCGACUGGAGGUGUAGAGAAGCUGCUACUUAUGCCUUUGGCUCCAUUCUCGAGGGUCCUUCCCUGGAAAAGCUUGCCCCACUGGUGAAUGCGGCCCUCGGGUUCCUGCUCAACGCUCUGAAGGACGAGAACAGCAGCGUCAAGGACACUACGGCCUGGACUCUCGGACGCAUUUUUGAGUUUCUCCACGGGCCGGGCGUGGAUAAGUCGGUCAUCACUACGGAGUCUCUGCCUCACAUACUCUCCUGCCUUUUGGAGAGCCUCAAGGAUACUCCGAACGUUGCAGAGAGAACUUGUGGCGCGCUCUACUUCUUGGCACAAGGCUACGAAGAAAUGCGGGGCCAACCCUCACCACUGUCUCCAUUCUACCAGCAGAUUGUAGAGGGUCUCAUCCACACAGCCGACAGGGAAGAUGCCAGUGACUCCCGUCUCCGGUUCUCAGCUUACGAAACUCUCAACGAGGUGGUGAGGUGCUCCACAGAAGAAACUGCCACCAUCGUAAUGCAGCUGAUGCCGAUCAUCAUGCAAAAACUCGACAGCACGUUUCAGAUGCAAGUGGUGUCGUCGGAUGAUCGGGAAAAGCAAGGCGAGGUUCAAGCACUCCUCUGCGGAGUCCUGCAAGUCAUCAUCCAGAAGCUGAGCGCAGCGGAGUCGACGAAAGUCACGGUGAUUCAGUUUGCCGACCAGAUUAUGGGCCUGUUUUUGAAGGUGUUCGCGUGCCGCAGUGCCACAGUCCACGAAGAAGCUAUGCUGGCAAUCGGGGCCGUUGCUUAUGCUACCGGAAGCCAGUUCGAGAAGUACAUGUCCGAGUUCUAUCGAUACUUGGAGAUGGGAUUACAGAACUAUGAGGAGUAUCAAGUGUGUGCUAUCACUGUUGGAGUGGUUGGAGAUAUCUGCCGAGCUUUGGAAGAGAAGGUUCUACCAUACUGCGACGGGAUCAUGACACAGCUCCUGAAAGAUCUCUCCAGCAACCAGCUCCACCGCUCCGUGAAGCCGCCAAUCUUCUCGUGCUUUGGUGACAUUGCUCUCGCGAUUGGAGAGCACUUCGAGAAGUACCUCAUGUAUGCGUUGCCGAUGCUCCAAGGCGCUGCGGAAGUCACUGCUCAGCAGGCUCUUCAAGACCCCGAGAUGAUCGAUUACAACAACCAGUUGCGUACAGGAAUUUUGGAGGCCUACUCUGGGAUUCUACAGGGCUUCAAGGCGACAAAGCCCGAUCUGAUGCUGCAGUCUGGAACGCACGUCUUGCAGUUCAUCGAGACGAUUUAUCGGGACGAGGACAGAGACGAGGUGGUGAGCAAAGCUGCUGUUGGUGUUCUGGGUGACUUAGCCGAUACACUGGGCACUCCAGCAGCGGGGAUGUUUCGCCAAAUCACAUUCUACAAGGAUUUCCUGGACAUGGUACAAAUGAUGGACGAUGCGCCACUAAAGGAGACUGCAGCCUGGGCUAUGGCGACCAUCAACAGGAUCCUCUCGACAUAAGAAAUCCAUCCACGGUUUUGAGAUCAGCACAGCGGUCACACACAGGUUCCGUUUUAGUUGGUUUUUUUUUUCUUUCGUCCUUUUUUCUUCUGGACUUUCGUGCAUUUGCUCUGUUUUGCCUAGUGGAAGGCAAGGCAGGGGGGAGAUAUUGCUCGGCCUUCUCGGGGAAGAAAGGCCCUGCAAGAGAAAAAAGAAGAAUUUGAGAGCUGCGUUCGCUGGAGCGGAGGCCGCUUGCCAGAUCCUAGUUUGGUUGCUGCGAAUUUGAGCAGUAGCGAUUUUCUAGAGAAGAAGAAACGAGUGAGCGUCUUCCUCGUUUUCUUUGUGUACAUGGUAGGCGUUUCGCCUCGCCAGAAAGAAAAGAGUCUUUCCCUCCGCCAUGAAAGUUUGGCGGGGGAGUUUCA